UUCUAGUAGCAUACCACAAAAGUGUGUAACGUUACAUAACAUUGCUAUAUAUAAUGUACUAAAAUUAAACUUCUUUAUUUGCAUGAAUUAAUACCAUACACAAGCUUUCCAUAAUGACAUUUCGAAUCAGUGUUAGGCGUUGGAUUUUUGUCUUUGCUCUACUUUAUGUUUGCUUAUUUUUGAAUUUGAAUAACUUUGGAGAGGCUGAUGAUGAUGAGGGUGAUACUCAGAUAGGUAGUGGAUUUGGUGGUGUUGGGGGUGGUAAUGGCGGCGGUGGAGCUGGUUUUGGUGGAGGUUCGGGGGUUGGUGGUGGCAGUGGUGGUUCUGGAGUUGGUGGUGCUGGUGGGAUUGGAGGUGGCGGCGGCGGCAGCUCUGGAGUUGGUGGUGCUGGUGGAAUUGGAGGUGGUGGCGGCAUUGGUGAUCCUUCUCAAAUUAUCUCAAAAGCCUUACUUUGUUUCAAUGAUAAAUAUAUUUACCAAAGCUGUGAAGAGUCAUACAGAUUAACUGAGAAUGGAAAUUUAGAUGUUCCUUCAGAGAAAACUGAUGCAUUCUGUGAAGGACCAUGUAUGUCAGAGACAAAUUUGGUCCUAGGAUGCAUUGAUAACAUUUUCAGCCACUUCAUAUUCUACAAUAGAGCAACCCUAGAGGAUGUCAAAGAAACAAUUCUAGCUGGAUGUGGUUAUGGCCCUGAAAGAGGAAACUUUAAUGUGGCUGAGCACAUCCAGGCUGAAGAAAACCAAGCUGUGAAAGCUACAAGCCAUGUUCUAAUGAGCCUUGUUUUCAUUAUAUGGGGCAUGCUUUGUUGGUCUAAUAUUUAGGUCAUAGUAAAAUUGAUAAGAAUGAUUUGUGUUUGUCUAUUUUCACGUGUAUUAAUUUACUUAUUAAUGGAUUAUACAAGUGAAAUGAAUUAAAGUUAUGGAGUUGUAGUAAUUCUGUGAUGUAUUGAUGAUCAUUAGAUUAUUUUUGCUAUGAAA